AUGCCGCCGGCGGUGGGCGGUCCUGGCGCUCGCCGCUUUCACCAUGACCGUCGUCGUCCUCGGCUCAGCCGGCUCGUACAGGAGCGAUAUCUACGACCCGUCAGGAACGCGGCGGCUAAGAUCAAGGACCACGUCGUCAAGGGCAGCAGCAGCAACAACAACAACAGCUACAGCAACAAUGGCAAUGGCGGCCACGGUGGUGAGGCGCAGGGUUACGAUUCUGCUUCAAACAGAACCCUCGGGAUCGAGUCGAUCCAGUUCAUCAACAUGGACUACCGCUACGUCCGCCUCGACGCCCUCGCCAUCCAGUGCUACAUGUCCGACAUCGAGGUGAAGCCCAUCCUGGGGUUCCCCAAGGACAAAGCGGGGUCCGAGGUGGUCGGCUUCCCCCCGACGAGCAACCUGAGCAGGCUCGGGCCGCCAGAGGUGGCCACAUGGCGGGCACAUGCCAAUGUCUGGCAGCAGAUGCUCAUGAAGCGGUCCCCAGCCGUCCUGAUCAUGGGGUCGGACGCUGUGUGGGACACGCAGCUGCGACGCAUAAUGGGCAACCUCAACGGGCCCUUCCUCGACCUCCUCCACGCCGACAACCCCAACGGCAACAUGGCGGCGGCGCGCAGCGGGCUCUGGGACAUACUCAGCCUCGGCCAGUGCAGCGGCCACUGGAAGGAGGGCACGGGCUUCCGGCUGUACCGGGACGAGUUCGCCGCCGCGGCUGGUUCGGCAACGACCCUGGCCGGCAGGCGCGUCGUGUACCGCGCCGGCGGCAUGGUCUGCCUGACGGGCUACGUCGUGUCGCUCAGGGGCGCGGCCAAGCUGCUGGCGCGCACGGCCAUCAACCUGGACCAGCCCGUCGACAUCGUCGUCGACAGCAUGAUGAAGGGCGGCGAGCUCGUCGGCUACAACACCCAGCGCCAACCCGUCGCCCAGUGGGUCUACCCAUCCGGCCUCGGCAUGGAGAUGCGCGGCGCCAACAGCGACAUCCGCCCCAACGGCUCCGAGAGCUGCCAGUCCGGCGAUGACGGGUCCAGAGCCAGCUGGCCCGACGCGGAGAGGAGGGGCUCCGUCUGGGAUAUCAAGCCGCAGUACGCCGGCGUCGACUUCCCUGACUUUGGGCUCGGCCACGCGUGGAAAAAGAUCGCCGAGACAAAGAAGAAACUUCCCUUUUAG